UUUGUAAAAAGGUGUCACAUCCUUUGGACUCCUGUCUCACUCAGUGGUUUGACACAGCACCGAGCCGGACUUGCCCGCAGUGCAGGAUCCAGGUCAGCAAAAGACACAUCAUCAAUAAGCUGUUUUUUGAUGUUGCCUUGGAGGAGCAGACAGCACCGGAUGCAGAGACCUUGCAGAAUGAACUGGACAAGGUGAAGGCUCAGCUGUCCAUGAAAGAGAAAGAAAAGCGGGAGUGCCAGGCUGUUGUGGAUGGGCUGAGGGACACUCUGGAUGUGCGCAAUGCCACAAUAGAGUCGCUCCAGAAGGUGCUGGGAGAGACAGAGAUGCUGUGCUCCUCUCUCAAGAAGCAGAUGAAAUUCCUGGAGCAGCAGCAGGAGGAUAACAGAAGUUCAAAGGAGGAGGCCCGCCGCCUGCGAAACAAGCUGAGAACCAUGGAGCGGAUUGAGCUGUUGCUUCAGAGCCAGCGCCCUGAAGUGGAGGAGAUGAUCAGAGAGAUGGGAGUGGGGCAGGCAGCAGUGGAACAGCUUGCGAUCUACUGCGUCUCGCUGAAAAAGGAAUAUGAAAACUUGAAGGAGGCUCGGAAGAUCUCUAGUGAGAUGACAGAGAAGCUAAAGAAGGAGCUGUUUUCUCUCAAUAGCAAGCUGCAGAAAACCGUGUCGGAGUUGGAGAAGACAGAGGAGGAGUUAAAAAGCACCCAGAAGGAUCUGAAGAAUGCGGACAAGGAGAUCUUGAGUUUGAAGAAGAAGAUAGACAUCCUGCAGGAUACUCUGAAAGUCCCAUCUGUAACCAGAGAGACACUCAGUCGACUAGUCCUUGAAAGCCCUGCUCCUGUGGAACUGCAGCACCCGAAGCUCCACCGCCCGGCCCACAGCGAUGAGAUCAACCUAGAUGCUGCUUUUGAUGUGGACACCCCCGAGCAUCAACCCUGCAGAUCCCUCUCCAACCCUGCAAAAAGGCAGAAGCUGGAUAAAAAGCCGCCUCCCGUGGUAAAUCUGGCGAAGAAAGUUCUGAAGGAAACAGUGGAGAACUGGGCAGAUGAUCUGGAGGAUGAUGCUCUUAAAGGACUCUUGCCAGCUUUCAUCAGAAACUCUGUCCUCUCCAAGAAGCCAUCUUCGGGGAGCUUGCUGGGUCCCCACAAGAACGUGGGCACUGUGAGGGUGGGGUACAAUGGCUUGGGAGGCAGAACAAAGUUCAUCCAGCCUACAAACCUGGCGGAAAUCCGUCCGUUAGCAGUGAGGAGCAAGAAGAAGAAUGUCUCCAGGUCUGUGUCUGCGGCUCCCUCUGCUUCUUCCUCCAGCAGCAGCCAAGCCAGACUGGACAGUUUCCUGCAGUGA